AUGGAAGAUGUUUGUAAUGACGACGACCUUGAUGUUUCCGAAGAGGCAGAGCAAGAUCUACAAGACUGGGCUAUGGAGCCCUUCCUUGAGAUCUUUGAAAAACUGGAGCCCUGCUCGAAUCAACAGCAGAUGACACUCCAGGACUACCUUUCCCCUGAGACUUAUCGAUAUCAAGUAUAUGGCCAAGACGGUAAACUACAGCCGUUCUUAGACUAUAAUGUUCCUCCGAGCCAAAUCUCAGAUGGCAUUUUUGUUGACCAAAGCAAACUAUCAUCACAGUGGCAUUCGUUCCGACCAAAGGAUAUCAAAAUUGAAUGCCCAAGUAUGGUUGAAUCACUGUCUCAGUUCCCAAGAAAGGUCUCUGCUGCUGGAACUGUUUAUCACUUCAAACCUGUAUAUUCAGGAAACCAGCCUGCUGCUCUACGAGAAAUCGACAUCUAUAGGAAGCUGGACGAUAUUCUGCCCUGUGAUGAGAUCAGAGUUCCGGCUUUGCAUGCUGUUGUUCGAGAUGAAAGCGGCUCAGUACUAAUUGGGCUUCUUCUCUCGUGGAUUGAAUGCGGAACUGAGAACUUGGAAUGCAUUCUGAUGUCAGAGAUGCCUUUAUCAUCAAGCUUAAGAGAGAAGUGGCGAAUGCAAAUUACCACAACUGUGACAAAACUACACGAGGCUGGUAUUGUCUGGGGCGACGCUAAGGCCGCGAAUAUCUUGAUUGACAGCAAAGACAAUGCUUGGAUAAUCGAUUUCGGAGGCGGUUUUACAGAGGGCUGGGUCGAGAAAUCUCAGAUGGACACAAUCGAGGGCGAUUUGACAGCUCUUGUCAUAAUUGAAGAACUUCUGCAGCCAGAAAAGACCCAAAAGAAGCGAGCCCUUGAAGAGAGCGAUGGCACUCAGGCAACCAAGAAACCAUUCGAGGUUCGCGUGGAUGCGGUGGACUGUUGA